AUGGCAAGAAAGAAGUCCAUGGUGGUGUCGUCCUCUACUACUCCUCAGCAGCAUCAACAACAACGACGACAAGCAUUGAAGGCCUUUUCUCGCACCUCUUCCUCAACGGAUCCACAAUCUUCAUCAUCAUCGUAUGAGGAACCAAGAAGUUUUGAUCAACAAAUGUCGGAGCGGAAGAAUCUCGAGGAGGAAGGGUUGAAGAAAUUGAUGAAAAUGAAGUAUGAAAAAGAACUGUUGGAGAGGAGACAGAAAGAAUUGGAAUUGAUUGAAAAAUUCGAAAAUAAGAAAGAAUCCAGUGUUUGCGAGAAUUUGCUUGUGCAGGAAAUUACUAAACAUCAAACUGAGGAUGCCCAAGUGAAAUUAAACGUGGGUGGGAAAUUUUUUGUUACAUCCACGAGCACAAUCAACAAGCGAGAAAACAUGUUGAAGGUGAUGCUGAAUUCUGACUUUGCCAUUGACAAAGAUGACAAUGGCUGUAUUGUAUUUGCGGAUAGAAGCCCUGAAUAUUUCCCAAUUAUUUUAGAGCAUGUCCGAACAGGGUCAACAAAUUAUGUUGGGCUUUGGGAAGAGAAAACCUUGGAGUCUUUGGAACGACUGAAAAAACUCCUAGUGGAGUCUGAUUAUUUUGGAACCUCAAAGCUGAGUGCAAGAGUGGCUACCAUGAUCAGAGAAAUAGAACAGACAAUAUAUGACAGGAACGAAAGAGAGUUGCAAAGAUUAAAAAUGGAGAAGAGACGGAAAGCAGCAGAAAGUCAGCUUGAAGAAAAGUUGAAUUCAACCAUGACAAGCGAUCAACAACAGGCAGAUCAGAAGUGGCUGAGAAUUUUCACAAAUAUGACAUCAAAACAUAAAGAGGUUUUCGAAAAGCAAUUACAGAACAUUGAAAGCAAUUUGUCAACAGAGAAAGAAAAAAUCAGAGAGCGAGAAAAUAAUAUUAAGGCAUCCACAGUAACUUUUAAUGUUAGAGGUAAAAAGUUCUCUAUUGGUAUGGAGAAGAUACUAAUGCAACCUGAGAGCGUUUUCUACACCCUUAUCAAUGAAAUGAACAAUCAAGAGGUAUUUGUUGACAGAGAUCCUGAUGUCUUCUCGUAUCUUGUAGAUUACCUGCAAAAAGGAAAUGAUGACAUUUCUCUUCCAAAAGAAUAUUCCAAACGAAAAGUCAUCUACAAGGAAGCAAAAGAGUUUAAACUUCAAGGAUUGAUUGAUUUAUUGGACCCAUUGAGAUAUCCCAUUGAAGAUAUUGGCGAAACGAACCUAAAGAUCAAGAAGGAAGAAGAUUUCUUAAGAAAUUUAUUCGUUAUUGAUCGAAAUAACCCUAUAUUGGAUGAUUCUUAUCUUCAUCUUGUGAAUGUAUUCGACGAGAAGCACCAAGUAAGAGAUAUUUUCCAGCACAGAGGCCCUCAAGAAACUGUACCUUUGUUGUUUGAUUUUGAAAAUUCAUCAGAAGCUGAGAAACUGUUGAAUCCAAAAUCUGGUCUCAUUAAGCCCCCUAUACCGAAAGUUUGUGAUUCGAGAGAAGAUUUCUUCACACAAUUCAAUGCUUUUACUUGUGGGUUGUUCAAAGAUAUGGACUGGAGCAAUGUAUUUGCAGCAGGUGGAGGAAUAUUGGCAUGUCUUCUUCAAGUACCACAUGAAAAAGAAAAUACUUCUCAAAUUGCUAAUAACAUUGUAGAAGAUGAGAAAAAGUCUCCGUUAGAAAAAAGCUAUUGGGAAGAUGAUGACGAUUCAGAAGUAGAGACAAGUGAUAGUGACUAUUUUACAUCUUCCUCAGAUGAGGAAUAUCGUAUGAGCUUGCCUAAACCAAAGAAAAUUUUACCAAAACUACAAAAGGGGACAACAGAUCAACGAUUGUUCAAGUAUUAUUCGAACUCAAAAAUGUGGCAAAACAGUGACAUUGAUUUAUUCCUUUAUGGGCUCACUGAGAACCAAGCCGAGGCAAAGAUCGUGUACUUGUAUCAGCUUUUUCAGAAAAAUUUAGAACAUGCAACUCAAUUUCUUGAGGAAUAUGCUGUUAAGAAAGAUGAGACAUCAGUACUUAAGGACAUAUUGAUCAUUAGAACAGAGCAUGCCAUAACUUUUCGGUUUUCUCAUUCCAUUCGACCAGUUCAAAUUAUUCUUCGACUGUACAGAAGCCCAACUGAGAUUUUGUGUGGGUUUGACAUUCCUUGUUGCUGUGUCGGUUUUGAUGGUAAUCAAGUGUAUUGUUUACCUAGGGCAGCCGAAAGUUUAGCAACAAGAUGUAAUAUUGUUGAUCCAGAUCGACAAUCAACAACAUAUGAAACGAGACUUGUAAAAUAUGCUCAGAGAGGAUUUAGAAUUGGAGUGGCAGGGUAUGAUCCAAACAAGGUGAGACAUCCAGCUCUCAAAGACUCUCGUUACUUGAGAGAUGUUUAUUAUUACUAUUAUCAUUCAAGCGGUGUUGACGACUCUGCUAACAUGAAAAAAGUUACAGGACUUGCAAGAAUUUUAAUGAUACUCCAGGGCUAUAUUCAUUGCCGUCAAAAGAAUCGUGCAUUGUGGAGUGUUGGUGGAGGAAGUACAAUUGAAAAAACAGAACGAUUAUUACAACCUUCAAAACUUCAUGAUUAUGAAGAACUGAAUUAUUCUUCCAACUCUUACCUAAAUGCGUCAACUUUGUACAAUCACAUUUCAGGAAGAUUAUGGUGGGCAAAACAUGUCUUGCACAGAAAACCUUUCUUUGAUUAUGCUCUCAAUGACAUUAACAAAAUUUUACAUCCUUCGAAACAGAGAAGUACACUCCCUCGUAAGAUCAAUUGGAUCACUGUGGAACCUGGACGUCAAUUCGUUGGAAGCUUUCAUCCAGAGACUCGAAAUUUCUUCAAAGACGCCUAUUUAAAUCCUAAAGGAGAGCAGAAAAGAAAGUACAAAUAUCAAUGGCAGAGAAAAUAUGGCCAGGACGGAAAGUUUGACGCUAAAACCAGUACGGCUUUGGAAAAACAAUAUCGUCGAUUCUUAAAAUCUGGAAAUGAGGCUGAUCGAUUAUUUUCAGUCUCCCCUGACAUGCACAUUGAUUUUCAAACCAGAUGUAUUUAUGACAAGCGUGGUGUUUACGUUGCGUCGGUGUACCGAGAAAAAAUUGAGAGCUCUGUCAAGGUUGUGAAAAGAGUGCCCAAAAUUUCCUUCGAAAGUCACAAUGAUCUCUUGCACGAAGACAAUGAAAAUGAUUGGGAAACCAUUGAUUCGGAUAGCGACUCUGAGAAAAGCUUGGAUUAA